UUCAGGCAGGUUGAGACAGAACGACGAACUGGACCAGCUUUCAGUCUACUGUAGAUGUCACCGGUUGACUCUCGGUCUCUUCCAAGUCUUCAAACUCACAGAUACCACCGAAGGCGAACGCGAAGGGCAGGCGAGCCCAGCGGCAUCGAUGCGGAAAGCGGCGGCGUUAGUGGCUGUGGCGGUGGUCGUGGCCGCGGCUUCCAUCGCCGUGCGCCAGAGGCUGCGGGAGGCGAAGCGGUGGGCGCGCGCGGCCGCCGUGUUGUGGGACCUGCAGGAGCGGUGCGCGUUGCCGGCGGCGCGGCUGCUGCAGGUGUCGGACGCGAUGGACGUGGAGAUGCGCGCGGGGCUGGCCUCCGAGGACGGGAACAAGCUCAAGAUGCUCCUCACCUACGUUGACUCCCUCCCCUCCGGGGAUGAGAAAGGGCUAUUUUAUGCACUUGACCUCGGAGGAACAAACUUCCGUGUUUUACGACUUCAAUUAGGGGGCAAGGAGCAGCGAGUUAUCAAGCAAGAAUCUGUAGGGGUAUCGAUUCCACAGCAUCUAAUGUCCAGAAGCUCGCAUGAACUAUUUGAUUUUAUCGCUGCUGCACUUGCAAAGUUUGUUGCCUCCGAGGGUGAAGAUUGUCAUCUUCCGAAGGGCACUCGGAGAGAACUCGGUUUUACAUUCUCCUUUCCAGUGAAGCAAACUUCAAUUUCAUCCGGCACACUUAUCAAGUGGACAAAGGGUUUUGCAAUUGAGGAAAUGGUUGGCAAGGAUAUCGUCGCUGAAUUAAACGAGGCUAUAAAACGUCAAGGACUUGUUAUGAAAGUCUCAACAUUGGUAAAUGACACCGUUGGGACUCUGGCUGCUGGUAGGUAUGUGGAUAAUGAUACUAUGGUUUCUGUAAUACUGGGAACUGGUACUAAUGCAGCAUACAUAGAGCAGGCACAUGCAAUUCCCAAAUGGCAUGGCCCCCUACCCAUGUACGGAGAUAUGGUAAUAAACAUGGAGUGGGGAAAUUUCAAGUCCACUCAUCUUCCACUCACUGAAUUUGAUCAAGCUUUGGAUGCAGAAAGUUUGAAUCCCGGAGAACAGAUUUAUGAGAAGUUGACCUCUGGUAUGUAUAUGGGAGAAAUUGUCCGGAGAAUCUUGCUACAGAUGGCUCAGGAAGCUGCUCUUUUUGGUGAUAAUAUACCCCCAAAACUAGAGACCCCAUACAUUCUAAAGACAUUUCACAUGUUGGUGAUGCAUCACGAUGCAUCACCUGAUCUGAAAACAGUUGGUAUCAAACUAAAAGAAAUCUUCGAGAUCGAGAACACCUCAAGAAAAACCAGAAAACUUGUUGUGGAUGUUUGCGAGGUCAUUGCCACACGUGGUGCACGGCUAGCUGCAGCGGGGAUAUAUGGCAUUCUCAAAAAGCUCGGUCGGGCUACUGACAGGCUCGAGAAGCGAAGGACAGUAAUCGCUGUGGAUGGCGGAGUCUACAAGUACUAUACUUUCUUCGGCGGGUGCAUGGAGAGGACUCUGAGUGAUAUGCUUGGGGAGCAGCUGGCUCCCUCGGUUGUGAUUAAACCGGUCGAUGACGGAUCGGGCCUUGGAGCCGCUCUCUUGGCAGCUUCCUAUUCUCAGUACCUCCAGUCUGGUGAAGAUUUUUAGCUCAAUCUGAUAGUCACUUUGAUUCAGAAGCCAUGCGGCAGUAUACUGCAAUAUUCAUCAGCUGCGCAAUGGGAUGUUAAUUCAAUUGUAGAACUGGUUCAAGGAACUGGAAAUAGACCGUGUAUAUGGAUUUCAGGGACAAUUUGUUUAUGCCAGCAUUGCUUCCAAAAUUCAUAA